AUGCUCAGCGCCGUGAAAUUCGUUAGGGUUGACAGCGCUGGUGAGAGAAAGAAGGAUAGCAGCGGGCAUAAGGUGAAGCCCAGGAAGGGAUCGGACGACUCGAGCGACAGCGAGCACGAGAAACGACGAAAGAAGCGGAAGCGGGAGAGAGGCGGGAAGAAAGGGAAGAGGAAAGGGCGGCGCGGGAGUGAGAGCGAGGCGGGGGAGAGCGAAUCAGACAUUGAGGAUGGGCGGGCGACGAGGAGAGCGAGGAAGCGGGAGGAGCGAAGGAAGAGGCGGGGCAAAUGGAUUGAGGACGUAGCGGACGGCUCAGACGACUCGGAGGGGUCGGAUGAGGAGGGCGACGAGAUACGAGCUGGCGUGACGGCAGUGCACUGCACCCUGCUCUCCCUCAACGCAUCCACUCCAUUCCUGUCCGCCCCUCCCGUGCUUCUAUCCCCAUCCCCAGGGGUACGCCCAGGUGCAGGUUCGGGUGCAGGCUUUGAUGGAGGCUUGGGUGCGCGGUCAGAGGGAGCAGGCCAGGGCGGGCAGCAGGCGCGCGAGGCAGCGGGGCUGGAGUGGAUGAUGCGCGCCCCGGAGCGGCCGCUGAGUGAAACGAGGGCGGUGGAGGAGGAGGAGGAGAAGGGCAGGAAAGAGUGUUUCUCUGCCCCUUUCAGAGUUGCGCUCAUUCCUCUCUGGUAUGCCGCUCUCGUUGUCUGCGUUUUCCAGCACGUGGUGCUGGGAAGCAGUGCACGCGAGCUCAACCCGUACUUCAAGACCGGGGACGGCUUCCCUGACUCCGCUGCCGCCCACCCUGCUGCUGACCCUGCCGCCCAUCCUGCCGCCCAACGGCCGGGCUCUGCCCGCCCAGCACCGCCGCCCGGUGUGGGCGAUGGCGGUGCCAGCUGGCGGCUGAAGGCCCUACGGCGAGCCAAGGAGCAGGCGGAGCGCGAGGGGAAGCGACUGAGCGAGGUGGUGUCGGACCGGAGGGGUGGGCGAGAUGAUGGUGGUGAGGAGGAGGAGGACGAAGAGGAGGAGAGGCGGAUGAGGGGCGGCAGGAGGGGGUACCUGGAGGGCGUGUCAGCGGGGGCGAGGGCGGGCAUGAGGGUGCCGCAGCAGGAGUCGGUGUCGUGGCGCCGGCGAGGAGAGGGCGGGGCACCAGGUGGGAGGGGGGGAGCUGGUGGCAAGGUGAGGGAUGGGGAAGGAGGCGAGGGCAAGGGCAGCGAGGAGAGGAAGCAGGCGUGGAAGGGGGUGGGGGCGUGGAGGCCUGGCAUGGGCGUGGGCAGGCGGGGCGGGUGGGCCGAUGGCGUGCUGGAGGAGGCGGCUCGCAGCGUCAAUGCCUUCGCUGAUGACGGCGGCUUCCUUGCGCAGCAGCUGGCUCGUGGUGACGUGGCGGGGCACGGCGUGGGCGGAGGGGAGUCAGAGAAGGGGGUGGCGGCGGGGGAAGAGGCGAGGGGUGCAGAUGGUGGGAGGAGAGGAGCAACAGGGGAGACGGGGCGGGAUUCAGCAGGCAGUGGUGGGGCUGGUGGGAAGGCAGAGGGAGUAACCGCAGGUGAUGGGAAGAAGAGUGAAAGGAGGGAGGGCGGUGAGGGAAGGGCGAGUGAGGACGGUGGAAAGAGGGGUGCAGGAGAGGAGGUGGGGAGAUGUUCGGGAGGGGGAGGAGAGGGCAUGGAGGGUGGCGCUGAGCGCGUUGCUGCGGCUGCUGUGGAUGCAGGCGAUGCACGUGUGCAGGAGAUACUGGCGGGCGGACUGACAGCCAAUCAGAUGGCGGCAAAGGCCAUGCGGCUCAAGCUGAUGGGCAAGGCCGAGGAAGCCGACUGCUGGCAGGUGGGAUGGGCGCAGGUGGGAUGGGCGCAGGUGGGAUGGGCGCAGGUGGGAUGGGCGCAGGUGGGAUGGGCGCAGGUGGGAUGGGCGCAGGUGGGCUGGGCGCAGCGUGCAGCAGCGGCCAAGUCCCAGCCCCCUCCACCAGCACCACCGCCCGCACUGCUGGCUGCACCUGCCACAUCCACACUGGAGCCACGGGCCCUGGGGGAGGGCAGGGGGGACGGAGAAGGGGAGGCGGGGGAGGGGGAGGGGCGGAGGGAGGUGGUGCAGCUGCCGCUGCUGGAUGGCAGCGGGCGGUACCUGCCAGCUGUCAUGGCGGCACGGGAGGGGCGGGACGAGGUGCAGGCAGGGCGGCGGGAGAAGCGUGUGGAGCGAUACGAUGUGGAGGGGGGCACGGGGCAGCGGGCAAGCGCCCGCCCUCCUUGUGCCGGCCCUCGGUCAGGCUUGGUUGCUGCACGCAUGGUAGACUGUGGGCUAGGUGUGGUGGGCAGAGGGGAUGGACAUGGGAUGGGAGAGGCAAGGGGAGGAACGGAUGCCCAAGGGCAGGGAAUGGCAAGCAAGAGCAGCUCAACCUCAUCUGCCAUUCCUUCUCUUCCUUCCGCCCCUCCUUCACUUGACUAUGCCCCUCCUUCACUUGACUAUGCCCCUCCUUCACUUGACUAUGCCCCUCCUUCACUUGACUAUGCCCCUCCUUCACUUGACCAUGCCCCUCCUUCACUUGACCAUGCCCCUCCUUCACUUGACCAUGCCCCUCCUUCACUUGACCAUGCCCCUCCUUCACUUGACCAUGCCCCUCCUUCACUUGACCAUGCCCCUCCUUCACUUGACCAUGCCCCUCCUUCACUUGACUAUGCCCCUCCUUCACUUGACCAUGCCCCUCCUUCACUUGACCAUGCCCCUCCUUCACUUGACCAUGCCCCUCCUUCACUUGACCAUGCCCCUCCUUCACUUGACCAUGCCCCUCCUUCACUUGAUUAUGCCCCUCCUUCACUUGACCAUGCCCCUCCUUCACUUGACCAUGCCCCUCCUUCACUUGACCAUGCCCCUCCUUCACUUGACCAUGCCCCUCCUUCACUUGACCAUGCCCCUCCUUCACUUGACUAUGCCCCUCCUUCACUUGACCAUGCCCCUCCUUCACUUGACCAUGCCCCUCCUUCACUUGACCAUGCCCCUCCUUCACUUGACCAUGCCCCUCCUUCACUUGACCAUGCCCCUCCUUCACUUGACUAUGCCCCUCCUUCACUUGACCAUGCCCCUCCUUCACUUGACCAUGCCCCUCCUUCACUUGACUAUGCCCCUCUCACCGGGAGCGCCCCCGCCCGCCCUGCAGGCAUCGGGCGGGCGGGCGGGCGGUACAAGGGACCGGUGGCGGUGGAUGAUGAAUACGACUGGGAUGAGGGGCUGCAGGCAGGCGGGGGAGGAGGGGGGCGGAAGAAGGGCAGGCCGUCACAGCAGCAGAGGGAGAAGGCGGGGCAGGUGGGCGAGUACAGGCGCCAGGCGGCGGUGCAGCAGCGCUGCCAGCAGUGCAUCGACAGCCCCGCCCGCCCUCGCCACCUCGUGGUGUCUGUUGCCGCCCACAGCUACCUCAUGCUGCCGCCCGGGGGCUCUCUGCUGCCCAACCACGUGCUCAUCGUGCCGUCCGAGCACGAGGGCAGCAUGCGGGUGGUGGAGGAGGCGGUGUGGGACGAGGUGCGCAACUUCAAGAAGUGCCUCACGCGCAUGGCCAUGGCGGUGGAGGAGGGCGCGGGGGUGAUCUUCCUGGAGAGCGCCGUGGGGGUGGGGGGAGCGGGGCGGCAGCGCAAGCACUGCUACGUGGAGGCCAUCCCCGUGCCCGCUGCUGUCAUGGCCCAGGCUCCGCUCUACUUCAAGAAGGUGGGCCGGGCGGGCCCCAAUGGCACGUGCACUGACGUGUGCUUUCCCUCCACUUCCACCUCCUACGCGCCUCAAAGUGGUGGAUGGUUUGAGGCGGGAAGCUUGCAGACGGGGAAGUGUGUUAAGGGAAAAGGGGUUCCGUGGCGUGAGGCGUUGGACGAGGCGGAGAGCGAGUGGAGCCAGCAGCACAGCAAGCGCAUCCUCGACACGCGCGCCAUCAGGGGCGGGCUGCGCGGCGCCAUCCCGCCCAACUUCCCCUACUUCCACGUCGAGUUCGGCCUGCAGGGCGGAUACUGCCACGUGAUUGACGACGAGAGCUCCUUCAAGGCGUCGUUGGGCCGCGAUGUGAUCGCCGGCAUGAUGGAGAUGGACCCUCAGAGGUUCGGUGGGCGCGCGCGCGCCAGAGGGGGGCGCGGAGGGGUGGGGUCGCGCCCGCAGGAGGUGCAGCAGAGCGUUGCCAAGUUCAUGGAGAGCUGGAAGCCGUUUGAUUGGACCAAGAUGCUCGAUGGGUGA